ACUAAGAUCCUCGCACUCCGAGUCAGCCCUAGGAGCCUGGCCCUAGCCGCUGUCCAGCCGCUCCGUGCUCCUCGCGCUGUGCCGCAGUCUCUCGGGGAGACGUUGCUACUCGCUGGCCAUGGAUACUGGCAGGGUCCUGCUCUUGGCUGUCUUACUCAUCAGUUUCCUGUGGGAUUUGCCUGGCUUCCAGCAGGCUUCCAUCUCAUCCUCCUCGUCCUCUGUCGAGCUGGUCUCCGCCAAGGGAAUGCGAAGCCGCAAGGAAGGGAAGACGCCGUGGGCGCCGCAAGAGCGUGCCGCGGCACGGGUAUCCCGGGAUCUCCGGGAGCCACAGCCGCUGGCACAGGAAGAGCCCCCACGCCUGCCGCCGCAGCAGCCCCAGGCACAGGAGCCGCCGGGCAAGGGCCCACGCGUGGUGCCCCACGAAUACAUGCUGUCAAUCUACAGAACUUACUCCAUCGCUGAGAAGCUGGGCAUCAAUGCCAGCUUCUUCCAGUCCUCCAAGUCGGCUAAUACGAUCACCAGCUUCGUAGACAGGGGAUUAGACGAUCUCUCGCACACUGCUCUCCGGAGACAGAAGUAUUUGUUUGAUGUGUCCACGCUCUCAGACAAAGAAGAGCUGGUGGGCGCAGAGCUGCGGCUCUUUCGCCAGAUGCCCGCAGCGCCCGGGGGGCCACCCGCCGGGCCACUCCACGUGCAGCUGUUCCCCUGCCUGUCGCCCCAGCUGCUGGACGCGCGGACCCUGGACCUGCAGGGGGCGCCCCGGGCCGGCUGGGAAGUCUUCGACGUGUGGAAGGGCCUGCGCCACCAGCCGUGGAAGCAGCUGUGCUUGGAGCUGCGGGCCGCGGGGGGCGAGCCGGAAGCUGAGGAGUCCGAGGAGCACGCGCCUGAGCCCCAGCAGCCGCCGUCCCCAGACCUGCGGAGUCUGGGCUUCGGCCGGAGAGUGCGGUCCCCGCAAGAACGCGCCCUGCUCGUCGUGUUCACGAGAUCCCAAAGCAAGAACCUGUUCACCGAGAUGCGUGAGCAGCUGGGCUCUGCCGAGGCUGCGGGCCCGGGAGCAGAUGCUGAAGGGUCGUGGCCCCUACCAUCGGGCUCCCCAGAUGCCGGGCCUUGGCUGCCCUCGCCCGGCCGCCGCCGGCGGCGCACGGCCUUCGCCAGCCGCCACGGCAAGCGGCACGGCAAGAAGUCCAGGCUGCGCUGCAGCAAGAAGCCCCUUCACGUGAACUUCAAAGAGCUCGGCUGGGACGACUGGAUUAUCGCGCCCCUGGAGUACGAGGCCUACCACUGCGAAGGCGUGUGCGACUUCCCGCUGCGCUCGCACCUGGAGCCCACCAAUCACGCCAUCAUCCAGACGCUGAUGAAUUCCAUGGACCCCGGAUCCACCCCGCCCAGCUGCUGCGUGCCCACGAAAUUGACUCCCAUCAGCAUCCUGUACAUCGACGCCGGCAACAACGUGGUCUACAAGCAAUACGAAGAUAUGGUGGUGGAGUCAUGCGGCUGCAGGUAGCAGCGGCGCCUUUCCUGCCGCCUUGGCCCAUGACCGCAGGAGGCCUCACUGCAAAGUGGCAGAAGAGGAGUCGGCCUUGGAGGCAGAGGGUGGGGGAACAGCCUGAAUAUGCAGCCGCUUGGGAGAGGAGGGUGCUCAGCCUUGCCAGAACUUUUCACCUGCCAGCCCAAAGGGAAAUAGGGUUUUUCACUCCUUGCCUGGCUUCCCUGGAAAAAGAAGCCAAGGAGGAUUUCUUUAGUUUUUAUCUUUAUUAUUGCAGCUUUGGAUUUCUUUGUGUGUCGCGCAGGUUUUGGUAGAAGGUGGGGGGAGGGGAGACACUAGUUCCUCAACUGCUUCACAGAUUGAAAAAAAAAUAGUUUAAGAAGGAAAACAGUUUGGGGGGAAGAAUCACUUUUGACCAACCACAUCUUGGUUUGAUUGUUCUCUACCUGUGUAAAAAAGAUGGGUCUUUCUGGCCAUGUUAUAGCUCAUGCCUUGUGACCUCCUGAGCAGAGAGUGUUAGAAUAGAGGAAUCAGCACCAGGAAUAGGAAAGCCAAGAAAGGCCUUGCUUUUAGAAGAAUGUUGAGAGAAUUGGGCCCAAGCUGGCCUUUUUCACUAGUGGGUGGGUUCUGCCCUGGCCCCUCCCAGUAUAGGGAACUGGCAACCUGCAUUACACUCCAGGGGGCUUAGGUCACACCGCCUUUACAGUUGCUUUUUCUGGUGAGGGAAAGGGAAGCUGGUAUGGAUGGAAUGACAGGAAUGAGUCCAAAUGGAACCCCCUGAAGGAUAAUGAGAAACCACAAGGCCUGUCUCUGAUGCCUGACACUGAGGUGCAUUAGCCCUGGCUGGAGGUAACCUAGGAAAAGCCCUUCCUGAUGUCAGUUUCUAAUUGAUUUCUUUGAACAGAAUUUGCUGAAAUCCAGACAUCUCAUUUUAAGGGGAAGGCAAUUUCCCACUUAAACAAAAAAUGAAUAGGGGUGGGGAACAAUAUGGCUAAGGUAAGAAAGAGGUGCCGAGGGAAGAUGACCUCCGAGUUAGAAGGGCAAAGUCAGGAGGGGAGAUGGUGGGCCCCACAGGAGGACGGGGAGAAGGGGCCGGCCAGGAGUGGAGAGGGAUGGACCAGGACACGAGUCCCUGUCUACCAAGUUUCUUUAAAAUCUGUGUUUCCUCUCCUCUCUCUGACAUUCCUGAAAGAUUACCAGCCAGCAAUAGCCCAGGGCUCCCCCAAAAGAAUUGUUUCAGAUUGUAAUUACCAGUUAGGCAAUGUUUUUAAAACUUAGUAAUGAGAAACUGUGAAAGGAGCAAAGUGUUACAUUGAGCUUGGGGUGGGAGAUGGAGAGCUGGCAGCGAGGA